AUGGAUCAGUGGAUCCCAAGAUACUUGCAUUUAAGCAUGUUAAAAAGUUCUCCAGAACAAGGGCUUUCCAACGAGCCUAAAAUUAUAGAAAACGGAUCAGUGAAUCUUGAUAUAUUUGCGUCUAAAGAUGUAUCACUUCCAAAUACUCUUUCCAAACCUUCUACUAUUAUUCAAGUUUCAAAAAAUGUAACAGCACAAAAUCAAUCAAAUGCUAUUCUUCAAGAAGCUAAUGCUAGACUAUGUGAAUAUACUAAUCUAUCAAAAGUAGCAACGUCAUUAGUACUUUAUUCACAAUUUGCUUCGUUCAAAGAUUAA